AUGAAUCUAACCCACGGAAAUGUAGCUUUCAACAACCCUUUAGAAAGAAGAAAAGACAAACAGGUCAUGGAAGAAGAAGAAGAAGAAGAAAGCAGACAGGGAGAGGAAGAGUCCUUCCCUCCGACUAAUAUUGCUUUAGAAGACUCAAAAUGGGAAGAAUAUUACCCCAUUUCCAGUACUUUAGAUUCCGACACCGCUCCCAUCGAAUUUGAAAUUAAAGGACAAGGAGAUCACUAUCUGGAUUUAUCUCAAACUUAUGUUCAAAUGGUAUGUAAAUUUACCAAAGACGAUGGAAGUAAUCUGACUGGGGCGAACAGCACUUCCAGUCCCGUGAAUAAUAUCUUACAUUCCAUGUUUACGGAAAUCGAUGUCAGUCUGAAUGGAAAAAUAGUAACUCCGGGGACGGAUACCUAUCCUUACAAAGCUUAUCUGGAGAAAUUAUUGUCUUACCGACCCAGAACUUUAAAGACACAGACGAGGGCCUGUAGUCUGUGGGAAAAAGAUACAGCAGGACACAUGGACGAAGUGCGGUUAGACGACCUUGGUGUAGCUCAAAAUAAAACCUUUGAUGUAACUAAAGGUUCAAGUAAAGAUACAGUGACCAUUAACGAACCCAUCCUCACAGCGUUACCGGCCAAUUCUAAAAACGAAGGAUUCCGAAAAAGACACCAAGCUAUUGCUGACAGUAAGAAAAUCAGUUUGCUGGAUACUUUACAUUUGGAUUUGUUUCAACAAGAUCGAUUUCUACCUAAUGGAGUGGACGUCCGUUUGCGAUUUAAUCGAGCUAGACCCUCUUUCUACAUGAUGAUCAAAGGAGGAAGUACAGGAAAAGUGAAAAUAUUGAGUAUGAUCUUGUGGGUGAGAAAAGUCAAACCCACAGCAGUCAUGAUGAAUACCAUUAAUCAAAGUUUGAAUACCCACAGAGCCAAAUAUCCCUUGAGAAGAGUGGAAGUGAAAACCUUUACCAUCCCCAUAGGAACCAGUCUAAGAUUACGGAUCAUCUGUUUCAAGCUGUAUCAAGCUCUGGGAAAAUUAGGAGUAGAUUGGGCUCCAGACAUUACCCUAGAAGAGUAUAAAAGCGGCUACACUCUAUGGGGCUGGGAUUUCACUAAAGAUCAAGAGGCGCAAUCGGAUAAAUUCCACAUCAUAGAAACAGGAAAUCUGAGAGUAGAAGUGCAGUUUACCAACAAUACGACCAUCAAUUGUGUGGUGUAUGCAGAAUUCGAUAACCUAUUAGAAAUUAACAAACAGAGAGAAGUGAGCAUUGAUUACUAA